AUGGAUUCAGCAGCUCGACGAACCAGUGGAGGCGUAUUCGAAGGGCUUUACAGGGUCAUUAUGCGCCGUAACUCCGUCUACGUCACAUUCGUCAUCGCCGGCGCUUUCCUCGGUGAGCGGGCCGUGGAUUAUGGAGUUCAUAAGUUGUGGGAGUACAACAAUGUUGGGAAACGAUACGAAGACAUUUCAGUUUUGGGGCAAAGGCCAUCGGAAGAAUGA